AUGGGGAUGAGCAACAAUGGAACACAGAUGAUAGGCGCUCAAAGGGAAUCACGCAAGAUGAUUGAAGGCUGGGACAUCGAGAAACUUCGAGAGUACUGUGCUGAUAAAGGUAUGAAAUGGAGAUUCACAACCCCGGCAGCCCCACACCAGAAUGGUUGCGCCGAAGCACUGGUGAAAAGCUGCAAGAUCGGUCCUGAAAAGGCGAUGAGAAAUCACAUCUUCACGCCGUUUGAAUUGUACACAUGCGUGUGGGAAAUCGCUAAUUUAGUCAAUCAACUUUCAGUUGGUCAUUUUCCAAAUGAUCCGGAUGACGGAGCUUAUCUGUGCCCUAAUGAUAUGCUGUCGGGCAGAGCGUCCCUACAAGUUCCGCAAGGACCCUUUCGAGACGUAUUUCCGUUAUUCGUACCACGUAAGAAGUGGAACACAAGCAGACGUACCAUUCUAGUAGAUGACUUCGUUAUGGUAGCUGAACCAAAUACAGUUAGAGGCGAAUGGAUCAUCGGAAGAAUAGUAGAUGUGUACCCCGGACAGGAUGGGACAGUGAGAAACGUGAAAGUAAAGACGCCUUCUGGCGAGUACUCAAAACCAAUUACAAAGAUUGUAGUGAUACAGCCAGCCAAAGGCUUUGACCAGUAA